AUGUUGAAACGCGAGCUGGAUAUGGAUAUCAACAAAACAACAUUCUGGACAGACAGUAUGUCAGUGCUGAGAUAUAUAAGAAACUUCACAUCAAGGUUCCAUACGUUUGUGGCAAAUCGUUUAAGCGUUAUUCAUGAGGGGUCCAAACCUUAUGAAUGGCGCUACGUCAACACCAAACUGAACCUGGCAGACGUCGCCUCCAGAGGUUUGCCUGUUGACCAAAGACAGUGGAAAAAUGGAUGGAUUGAAGCGCCAUCAUUUCUGCUUCAGAAUGAAGACAAAUGGCCUUCUACACCGGAGGACGUUGGUAGGAUCGAUGCAGAUGAUCCAGAAGCUAAGGCCAUAGUAGCGAUUUGUACCGACACAAAGCAAGAAAGUAGUGACGUGGGCUCUGUCGCUGAUAUAUCACGUUCAGACUGUAUCGAGCAACUGAUAAACCAUUACUCUUCCUGGUACAAAUUGAAAAGGAGCAUCGCCUGGAUUCUGAAGAUAAGAGACGAGUUGCGCAGACGUGCUGGCAGGAAAAUUUCUCCUACACUGAAGGACGAAAACCUCAACAAAAUCACACCGAGUGAUUUAAAGAAAACUGAGAUCGUUGUUGUCUCCUAUGUGCAAAGACAGACUUUCAAUAAGGAGAUAGAAGACCUUAAAAGGGAUCAUACUCAUGUGAAAAGAGACAGCUACAUCAGAAAGCUGGACCUAACUUUAGAAAACAAUGUUUUGCGGGUUGGUGGACGCCGCAACAAAUCAAGCAUGCCCGCAGAACAGAAACAUCCGGCCAUCCUUCCAAAAUGGACAGCAUUUAACGAUAUUAGUUUUGCGUCAAGUUCACGAAGAUCUCGUGCAUGCCGGUAG